AUGACGAUGAAGCCGUGCAAAGCACGCAGGCCGGAGCCGAGGAAACCCUCGAAUGGAUGCCAUCAUCAUGGUCCCGACACCGUCCAUCGAAUGAGACGACAUGAUUACUCACCUUCUUCGAGUUCUUCAAGGCAAAACGGUUUCCGAAACAUUAAACACAAGGCACAUUGCCCUCUCUAUCGCUCCUCGUCGUCUUCAUCAUCGUCGUCAACUUCAUCCAGUUCGUCUUCUGACCCAGAUUUCGUUCAAAUGUUGAAACAGAGGCGUGAAGCACGAAACAAGUCUCGGCCUAGACGUGCUGCGUCUGCUUCUCCGGUUCCGCCGAAAGGAGGGCGUCACCAUCCGCAUCAUCAUCAUUGCAAAAUGAAUCGUUCAUCAAGCUCAUCGUCCUCGAGUUCGGAGUCCGUUUCACCUCGACAAAAUCGCUGUGCUGGGCGAAAGGGCAGCAAACCGAAUCGCAAUCCCAUGCCACCACCGCCACCUAAUAAGCCCGUAAAGGCCAAUAGACGUCGACCGCCUUCGUCUUCUUCAUCAAGCUCCAGCUCCGACUCAGACCGUCGCCACAAGCAUAUUAAGAAGGUCACCAAAAACAAGUCUCAAACUCAGCCUUACAUGAAAGAGAAGUCUUCCAAGUCCCACUCAAGGGGGAAGCAGUAA